CACCGGAGAUAAGACCGCUGGUAUUUUCUAACUUCUGCCCGAGCGCGAGCGUGGAACCAUGCAUUGGCCGACGAAUGAAACGUUCAUCUGGUCGGGACCAUUGGACACGAACCGGACGAUAGAUGCCAACGAGAAUCAAGUUGGCCCCGAGGCAACUAUUUACUCCCUGCCAGAAUGGAUAUUUGGAGCCUUUUUGUGUAAAUCUGUGCACUAUUUUGUGACGGUGAGCAUGCUUGUUAGCAUCUUCACGCUCGUGGCAAUGUCAGUGGACAGAUAUAUUGCCGUGGUGCACUCCAAAAAGUCUCCCUGCAUUCGCAACAAGAGAAAUGCUUUGAUAGGGGUUUGUGCCAUUUGGUCGCUGUCAUUCAUCUUCGCAGUGCCAGUCGCUCAACACCAAAUACUGACUAACCACCAGGAUGCACCAAACAGUUCUUUUUGUUGGGAAAUCUGGGUUUCCGGUGUUUCCAAACACACAUACAAAUUGACAAUAUUAGUAAUAGGUUACCUAUUACCUUUGGUGUUAAUAAUAUGCUGCUAUGCAAAGGUGUUGUUCCAUCUUCAUAACAAGAUGAAGAAUAUGUCGAAGAAAUCAGAACGUUCAAAACGAAAGACUGCUCAGACGGUCCUACUUGUGGUGACAGCCUUUUUGAUUUGUUGGAUGCCUCACCAUAUCAUUGCUAUGUGGGUGGAGUUUGGCAUUUUCCCCUUGAACGACGCCUCAUUCGCCUUCCGCAUCAUCUCUCACUGCCUGGCUUACGGAAACUCCUGUGUUAACCCUAUCCUCUACGCCUUUCUGUCUGAGAACUUCCGAAAGGCCUGUCGACAAGUCUUCACCUGCCAUUUUCUCUACCCCCCUCCCCCUGUGGAGAAGGUGGUACGCAUUCGCAUGGAGAACUUCUCUACUACCCACUCCAUCAUCAACAUGUGAGCAGGUGUAGACAAAGUAGAAUAUUUGAAAUUGUGAUCUUUAA